CGCGGCCGAGGCAGGGUGACGUCACUCCGCCGUGCCAUGCAGGAAGGCAGGAGCGGGGGAGCCGAAUUCUGUUUAACAGCGAUCAUUAACUAAAAUCAUGGCAGCUGCCAGCAGUGAGGUGCACCAUCCUGUAGAUCCUGGAAUAUCAAAGCUGCAGUUUGCUCCUUUCAAUAGUGCCUUGGAUGCAGGAUUCUGGCAUGAACUAACACAGAAGAAACUCAAUGAGUACCGAUUGGAUGAGACCCCAAAAGUUAUCAAAGGAUACUACUACAAUGGUGAUCCUUUGGGUUUGCCAGCUCGCUUGACAUUGGAGUUUAGUGCCUUUGAUAUGAAUGCUUCAAUACCAGCACGUUGCUGUCCUGCUUUCGGAACAUUGUAUAAUACCAACACUUUUGAGACUUUCAAAUCCUGUGAUAAGAAAUCACUUCUGGAAAAAGAAGCAAAUGAGAUAUGGGAAUCCAUAAAAUCUGGAGCUGCUCUUGAAAACCCUCUGCUCUUGAACAGGUUCAUGCUGCUGACAUUCGCAGAUCUAAAAAAGUAUCAUUUCUAUUACUGGUUUUGCUACCCUGCUCUCUGCUUCCCUGAUGGAAUACCUAUAAUUCAGAAACCGGUGUGUCUUGGUGACAGAUUCACAUUAAGUCAGAUUCAAGCACUUCAGAAAGCAUAUGAUGAGCUUUGCCACAAAGAGGGGGUUACAGCUUUGCCUUAUUUUUUAAUCAAGUAUCAUGACAAUUCUGUCGUGAUAUCUCCACUGAAAAGGUGGGAUGGUUUCUUUCAAGACCAAGGGGGAAAGGUGGCAGUUGGAGUUUAUGAUCCAUGUAAUUUAUCCCACUAUCCAGGAUGGCCACUGAGAAAUUUCCUGAUCCUGGCAGCCCAUAAAUGGGGCAGCCUUCUCCAGUCAGUUGAAGUGCUCUGCUUCAGAGAUAGGACCAUGCAAGGGGUGAGAGACAUAACACACAGCAUUAUCUUUGAAAUAAAACUUCCAGAGAGAGCCCUUGGCCCAGAUUGUCCAAAAGCUGUUGGAUGGGAGAAAAACCAAAAGGGAGGCAUGGGUCCAAGGAUGGUGAAUCUCAGUGAAUGCAUGGAUCCAAAAAGGUUAGCAGAAUCAUCAGUGGAUCUUAAUUUGAAAUUGAUGUGCUGGCGGUUGGUGCCUACUCUUGAUUUGGAAAAAAUUGUGUCUGCCAAGUGUCUGCUGCUAGGAGCUGGUACACUGGGUUGUAGUGUUGCAAGGACUUUGAUGGGUUGGGGAGUCAGGAAGAUUACAUUUGUGGACAAUGCAAAGAUCUCUUACUCCAACCCAGUACGACAGCCACUGUAUGAGUUUGAAGACUGUCUUAGUGGGGGGAAGCCAAAGGCACUUGCAGCAGCAGACAGGCUACAGAAAAUCUUCCCAGGAGUGAGUUCAGAAGGCUAUAACAUGAGCAUCCCUAUGCCAGGCCACCCAGUGAAUUUUUCUGAAGUAACAAUGGCACAGGCUCGGAAGGAUGUGGCUAAACUUGAAGAGCUGAUUGACGCUCAUGAUGUUGUUUUCCUACUAAUGGACACUAGAGAGAGUCGAUGGCUUCCUGCUGUCAUUGCAGCCAGCAAGAGGAAGUUGGUCAUCAAUGCUGCAUUGGGAUUUGACACAUUUGUUGUUAUGAGACACGGACUAAAGAAACCAAAACAGCAAGAAUCUGGUGAUUCAUGUUUCAACAAUGCCUCUGGUUCUUCUGAUCUUUUGGGAUCAUCACUCUUUUCAAAUAUCCCUGGCUAUAAACUGGGUUGCUACUUCUGCAAUGAUGUUGUGGCACCAGGGGAUUCCACCAGGGAUCGGACAUUGGAUCAGCAGUGCACAGUCAGUCGGCCUGGAUUAGCCAUGGUAGCUGGAGCUCUUGCAGUGGAAUUAAUGGUUUCUGUUUUACAACAUCCAGAAGGUGGUUAUGCUGUGGCCAGCAGUAGUGACGAUAGAAUGAAUGAGCCGCCUACUUCUCUUGGACUUGUUCCUCAUCAGAUCCGUGGAUUUUUAUCAAGGUUUGAUAAUGUUCUUCCAGUCAGCCUGGCAUUUGAUAAGUGCACAGCCUGUUCAACCAAAGUCCUUGACCAGUAUGAACGAGAAGGGUUUAAUUUCCUAGCUAAAGUUUUUAAUUCUUCACAUUCCUUCUUAGAAGACUUGACAGGUCUAACUUUAUUACACCAGGAGACACAGGCUGCUGAGAUCUGGGACAUGAGUGAUGAUGAAACAGUCUGAAAAUCAGCUGAAUAAGGUGGAAGAUGACCUACUUUGGACUGCAGUGCUGUGCUGCCUUUUAUGUUAUUUGACAAGUUAAUGAUUGCUUACCCAUUCUGACUGCUACAAAUACAAACAAAUAUAAUCCACAUUUCGACAUUAAUAUCUUCACCUUGAAAGCAGUCUGUUAUGGAUAUAACUCUCCACAUUUUCAUUUUUAUUAUGUAAAUAACUAAAGCAAUGUGGUUAUGUUUAAAUGUAAUCUUUUUUUUUUUUUUAGUUUCUAAAUAUGGCUUACAUAUAAAAUAUGCUGCUUAAGUAAACUUUGGUGUUUUAUUCGUCCCAGUUCUUAUUUUGCUUGUCAAUGGACAUGUCCAAGCAGCAUGUCUGAAUGUCUUUUUUCAUCUUUCCCAGAUUUGUGCCCCUUUAGUUGGAAUUUAUUGUUAAGAUUGAGAAUAUUCUGCUAUUGGGAGUUAAACUGCAUCUUUAAAGGAGAGCAGGAGUAGGUAAGAACCUACACCUACUGCCUACACCACAUUGCUUGCUGUUUCAAAGUACAUAUUUAUAGUAAGUUGAUUUGUUCUUGCCUGCGUCAAUGGAGAUGUUAUUCUCUGUAAAGAUCUCAUAAUUUCAUGCUAUGGAAGAAACGUGGUUUGACUUAUUUUUACACAGUAGAGACCAAAAUGCAUUGGUAUCAUGAUUAGGCUCCCCUGAAGUUUAGAGAAGGCUCUGAUAUGUAGUAAAAAUUGCUUUGGAGGGUGGAUCACUGAUUCAGCCAAAACUUGUAGAGAAGUGCUUAACUGAAAUAAGAAAUUGGUUCUCUAACUUUGCUAUUCUUGGAUGCUAUCAUGCGGUACUUUACAGGUGUUAAAAAAGAGCAAUUCUGAUUUUCAUUUUGGUUGGAUUUUGAGUUUUUCAAUUUUUGCAGCAUCAGGAAUGGCUUCAGAGAUUAUGGCUGAACACAAACAGUAGUUUGAGAAUCCUUGAGUUUAAAAGAUAACUUGAGAAAAAAGGAUUUGUAAAAUAUCAAAGUACAUUACUACAAAAUUUAAAGUGAAUCUAUUGGUUUUUAUCUUGGAAUAGGUUUUAGAAGUACAUUUUAAAUCUUUUUAUGGCUUUAUAUUGUGGGGAUUAUGGACUAACUCAGAAAAAAUGCAAAUUGCUUUAUCUGUCAGGCAGUCUUUAUUUCCCAUAUAUAUUAUAAAAAUUAUUUGGUCAACCCAAUUAUUUUAGUUCCUUCCUUAACAUAAGCUCGGAAUAUUUGGUGUAGAUAAUUUCACAGCUGCUCUGCUUCUCUCUUAUGCCGCAUCAGAAGAAGUUCUGUCAGAUCAAAUUUGUCUAAAAAUAAGGAUAUCUGCAAUUCCCAUAUUCUGAUCAUAAAAGAUUUAUUGAAACAUGCUGAGGUUUGCAUCAAGUGUCUAAAAUAGCUAUUAUUUCUAUUUAUUUUAACUAUCAUAUUCAUUGUAUUUAUGUGAUUUCUUAAGUAGCCUUAAGGGAAUGUCUUGUUUAGCAACUUCAUUGUAAUAUAAAAAUAUAUAUGAAUGAAAUAUAUUUUUUGAAAGACUAGUAAUCACAGAAAACUGAUCCUUUGGUGGUCAGGCAAUGAACAAUAAGAUUGAUAACAUGCCAUGUCCAUUUUAAGCAGUUUGUUAAUGUACGUAAUUACUUAUGAGCUCAAAAGAUCUCCAUUUUGUUAGCCAUGCCGUAGUCCAACCGGAAUCAUGAAUAAGUACCAGGGUAGUUUAAAGGGAAUGAUCUGCAUUUUUAUCUUUUGGAGUUGCUGAUCAUGGAGUGUAAAACUCUAUUUGCAGGUUUUGGCUAUCUAAAACUUGAAAACUAGACAUCUUUCUGAAAUCUGUUAAACAUUAAUAAUUAUUUUAAAUAGCUGAAACUCUGCUUAUCCUGUUAAAGUUACAUUGUAGCUUUACAUUGAAAGUAUCUACUUAACUGCAAGAGUAUACAAUAUCGAAAGGUUCAAAACUCAGGGUUAAUAUAAUGUUUCCUUACCUCUGUAAUUUCAGUAACAUACAACUCUCUCAGGCUGAGCUGUUUCCUGUACAUAUGCUUCCCAGAUGUCUCUGAUGUUCAGAAACACUUCAGUUUGACUUGGAGUAACUUCCGUUGUCUAACUGUAAUGUUGUUUUCUUUCUCCUUACGGACCAGAAUUGUUCUUAGUUUGCUUUUACUCAAUUUCUAGGCAUUUACUGAGUGAGAAAUCAUGAGAAUCCAUUCAAAUGAAUGAAUGCACAUUCAAAUACUAUUAACAGAUAAACACAUUUAUUUACUGGCUCGUAUGCACUUAAUGGCAGGAUUUCGGCACAGUCCUCAGCUCCAGUUAUUGCUGUUUAAUGGAACAAGCUAAACUUUAACUUUCUUCAUAAAGGAGGUAGGAUUUAAAUUUUAUUUGUGCUGCCGUGACCUCCUAGGUGUCAGUGAAGAGCCCGAACUCAUACUUUCAUUGUAGAACCCAACAGCUACCAUGGCUUUUCAGGUAUAAACCAGAUCUGUUGGGAAGAGGGAGUGAACAGCCUCAGAGGAACCUACUCAUCUUCCUAAACUAUCUAACAGAAACACAAUGGCAUUAUACGGCAGUGUGGGUGGAACUGUAUCUCACAGAAGGCAACUGUGAUACCUGCGUACCACAUCUGGGGACAUUUACUAGUGUUAGAAGACCACAGAUCUCAAUGGAGAGCUGUAGACAUCAUUUUUGUGCUUGAGUAUUAGAGAGGCUCAUGGAAUGAUAGCCUCUGUUUUGCUUUCACACUGACUAGAGUUUUUCUUCAGUGUCAUCCCUUCAACGUGUUUGCUGGCUGAAGUCUAGAAAUUGUUACGGAGUAGUACCGCAUUCAUGAAAGUGAGGAACUUGAGAUUCUGUAUGAGAGUUUUCUUCUUCAAAGCCCUCACUUGCUCUCAUCCUUGCUUUCACAAUCUGCUGUUAAGUCCUCUUCACCUGUGUCAUAGUCUGUUGAUCGGGAGCAAAUUUCACUUAGGGCAUGCCCUUUAUAUCACAUGUAGAUUGUCUUAGCACCAUUAAAGCCAGCAGAAUCAUAGCCAGUAGGUGGUCCAGCCCCCAUUGAGUCUUAAGCCUUCAGCAUUGGCCUCUAUAAGGGAUAAAGGGCACAAAUUUGAAAAUUACGCUUAGAUCAGUGAAGAAAGAUUCAUGAUGGCCCAGACAGGUUGGUCGAGAUGAAAUCACCAAGGAAUGGCACCAUAGGACUUAUAUUCCUAGGAAGUUGGUGGCUCCCAAGAACUAAAGGGAGAUUAUUCUUCAGUAGAAGUCAACAGCACAAUAGUUAUUUUGAUACAUCAAAGGAAACUGUAGUGAUUGCACCAGCCCUUGAAAUCACUGAGCUUGAGCCUGGAAAAAUACUUUUCCCUUCCCUGUGUUCUGUAUGGCUUUGGUGUUGUGUCCUCAGAGAAUUCCAGUGACAUGAACUAAAAUUUCAUUUUUGUCAUCUUUGAUAUUCUUGUUCCAGUUCCUGCAUAAUGUUCUUUCUAGUUCUAUUUCCUUGUAUAAGAUUUGGCUGCUCACCUUAAAUAUAUGCAACAGAAGUAUUAGCAAAAUUGAAUAAUUUUUCCAUAUAUAAGCAUUUUCUUUUAAUUUCUCACUUGUGUUCCCAUAAAAAACUCUUACUGAAAUGGUUUUUUUGUAUUUCUGAACUUUUCACUAUGCACUUUAGAAUCAUAUCAUAGCACUUGUUUCUCCCUCUUACUGAACAAAUUCCUUCUAAAUUAUGUUAACUAGUCUAACGGGAAUUGCUAAUAGAAUCACAGAAUCAUUUAGGUUGGAAAAGACCCUUAAGAUCAUCGAGUCCAACCAUAAACCUAACAUUGCAAGUCCACCACUAGCUACUUCACCAUCGCACUUACUCUGGGACAGUGUUCAGCCAUGAAGAGUUCACCCAGCUCACAACUUUCCUUUGAGUUUUCUUCCUCUUUUUCAAACCAAAUCACAAAAGCAGUGAGAUUGCUGAGAUGUGACUGAGAAUAGACUUCGGUAUGCAGGAUUCUCAUUAAUGCCAGUAAUGUAUGGAAAGAUUACUAAGCUUCUGAUACCAGCUUUUGUGCUGUUGAUCAAGAACAACUCUGCCUGUUUCUUAGAGAAUCAUUAAGAGCCAUGACAGAAUCCAUGAGGAUAUUUUUAUAUAGUUUCUCUUCAAAGUAUAACCAUAUCUUAAGAGUUCAAGGAGAGUCCUAACUCUCUCUUCUUAGGGGAAUAGGAAGGACAGCUCACAUUCUUUCAAAAAUAAAUACGUUGCAAGCUAACACAUAGUCAACCUUUCUUGUCAUUCUGCCAGCUGUUCUGCGGUGCAAGUCCAGCCAAGUAGCCAUGCUCAUGCUGUCCGUUGAUUCAAUGUUUGCUAUACUGUAACUUUGCAUUAAGACUACACAAAAGCUGAAGAGAGUGUGAACAGCUAGAUGGUGGGAUUUUUCCUUGCUACUUUUCCAAAUUUUUGUACCCAAUUUUGUAGGGUUUUUUUAAAAUAAUAAUGCAAUACUUUCCUUAGAAACAAAUAAGUAUUUAUACUCCAGAGAGACCCAUUAAAGAAAUAGUUGCAACAUGGUAAACUUCCUAAGAAACAUAGUCUGGAAGAUAUCCAGAGCCUGUUACCAUUUUGUUUCUGAAUCUUUUGACAUGGCUUCAUUAAUUCCUUUUCUUCUUCUUUUUUUUUGUUUUUUUUUUUUUUUUUUAAUUUUCAGUGCAGAUGUUGUGCUUAUGCAUAUCCUGCCAAAAUGAAACUUUCCUUCAAGAGGGUGUUGUGCACCUUUCUCUUUUAGAGCACCUGGAUUAACUGUUUUAAAAGACAGAAAUACCACACUAGAAGGACUUUGGACUGUCCCAGUCUGGCAAUGUGUAAAUUCCUAACCUAUGAAAAAUCUACGUACCUACGUACCUGUCCCAUUUCAGUUCCAGCUUGCUUUCUCUUGCAGCUGCCUGGACCUUUUCCAGAACCCUAACUGUUUAAAAAUACUGUGGCACCGCACAGGUAAUGCUUUAGGUUUGAAAUUAAUACACUUUCCCUCUCUAUUAGCACUUCAGCUAUCCAGUUUCAUAAUUUCUAACAAGUUCAUUUUCUCAUCUGUGCAGCACUUGACAGGUUUUGAAAUUAAAAACCCUAACAAUUUGUUGACAGUGUUUUCUUUCUCCUUUUACUUUUAUUGAUAGCCUUUCUUCCAUUACCACUGAUAAUAGUGACUCUUCAUAGUGAGCAGUGAUUGACGAAUGGACAGACCACAGGACUCCUUGCUUUGUGUUAGCUCUACUCCUAGGUUACACAGAGACGUUAAUACUCCCUGCUUUUUAUCUUAAACUUUUAUUUAAUUCCUCAACUGUGAAAUGUAUGGAAAUUGGGUUUAUGUACUUGGUGAAGAAUAUCUAUUUUUUUUAUUCUCAGUUAUCCCGGGUCAAAGAAACUGGUCUGUUGCUCCAACCCAUUGUUUUGCUGAGGUAUUGUUGACUAUUGUUUGAUGUCAUGUAGUGUUAACCAAAAUAGGCUGUGGCUUGGGCUAAUUUGUAGCCACUUUUCUCUCAAGUACAGUAGCUGAAAUUCAGCAAUCCAUAUUCUUCCACCAGCCAGUGAUUGGUGUUUUGUCCAAGUUGUAAUGAAGUCUUUGGAGUGAGUCACUUGAGGAUUAUUUUAACCUGGCUGAGGAAAUUGGCACUGCAGAAGGGAAACUGAAGCUACUCCCAAAAGAAUUAAUAGCAAUAAGCUUGAGUAGCAACAAUGCUAAGUACCUUAAGGUAUUCUGUAUCUUAGGGCAGCAAUUUUUUCACCUAAUUUCCCAGUUCAAAUGAUCUCACCCCAGGAUAAGGAUGCAGCUGAGUACUCCAACCAUAUAUAAUUUCAAGUUCUAAUUGUUGCCCUCAAUAAUCAACAAUAUUAUCUGCCUGUUGCGACUUAACCAUAGCAUUUUUUCAAAUCUGGUGGAAUUAUUUAGGACAUUCUUUGAAAAGAUUUUCAGAACCCAUAAGCUGUUUGUCUGAACUUUGCAAAUGAAAUAGCGUGGUUUCUUUCUGUUUAAUCAGGCCAGUACUCCCUUGCCAUUGUAGCUUCUUGCAGGAGGUUCCCUGGGAUUGGGGAUAAAAAGGGGCAGUCAGGAGUUCUAAAAACAAACAUGUUAUGUUUCCUGGCUGGCAUGGAGUACACACUGCCUUUCCAUCUACUAUAGCAGUCUAAAUGCCUGUUUCCUCUUGUUCUUUGAAUAGAUGUUUAUAUAGGACAUUGAUAUAAAGUACAAUAGACUGCCUCUGGAGUGAAGGUCACAUGCACACGUGCAUUUCAUUUUAAAUGCUAAAGAUUUCAAAUUACUUUUAACAAAGUAUUUUAGUAAGCUAACAGGAAAAGACAGAAGCAUAUGUAUAGUGUUGUGCUGCUGCAAAUCAAAAGCACAAUUUUUUAAAAAUGAUUCUUUGUAACUUCUCUCCUUUCCCAUACAGUUAGUUUCUGUUCUUACGUUCUUUGGCUGUGGAUUGCUGCUUCAGUAGUCUUUGAGCAUCCAAAAAUUUAGGCUUGUGUGUGACUUCAGUUUGCUUUUUGGCACCAGGACAUUUGAUUUUUGUAAGAUCUCAGCAGAAUGAGUCAUUGUUUGAUUUGUUAGUGAAAUACCAUUAUGCACUACAUAAGUAAGAAAGGAGAGGCAUUUAUUCUGGUUUCAUUCUUAUGGAGGUGGUCAGUAGUGUUUUUUCCUCAAUUUCUCUUUUAGUCUAAUGUGUGCACCCUCUUAAGAAACUGCAGUUGAUGCAUCCCUGCGAGGCAGUGCUGCAGGCGUCUGGUGCAUUUGAAAGGCAAGCUGGCAUCUCAUUUCUGGAAUGAUUUUACUUUCUAAAUCAAAACCAGUAUGGGCUAAAACUGAGCAAAGAAAUGCUGCUAAAAUUGUUUCCACGUCAUGUCAAUAGCCUUGGAAGAAAGGUGAGGGCCGUGGAGGUUCCAAGUCUGGCCCACUCUGAAUGCAUUUGAACUCUAUUUUUUGACAGCUAGUAAAUUGGUGUCCUCCCCCCCCUCUUUUCUCUCCCCGUGAAUAUCUCCUCCCCACCCCCAGUGCUCGGUGCCUCACUGGUAAGGGAGGGAUGUGGAUGAACAAGCAAAUUAAUUUCUAGUGAUAGACUUCUUUCAAAUUAGUGUAAGAAGUGAGGAAGUCUAUAAAGUAGGUAAAAUUUUGCUUAGGGGUUUUGCUUUGUCUUUAAGUGUCUUUAUUUUCAUUUCAGGCUUCAAAGUCUGACUUUUAUACAGUAAUUCUGUAGGUGUUACCACUUCCUCAGGAACCUGUGACUCAGGCAACGUAUAAAUGAAAUGACAUCACCAGCAA